AGGUUUGGUCGGAAGAGAGAGAAAUAUCAAUAAUGACGAUGAGCACAAGCCUCCAUAGUCUUCCUUUAUAUUGGCCUGUUUAAAAACAGUAAUCAUCAUCUUUGUCGGCCGCUUUCUUCAUUCUCUCCUUCUGCUUCUUCUUCUUCUUUAAUUUCUCUUUCAUUCUCUUCGUCAUUUCUUUUCUUUAUCGCAGACCUUUCUCUUCUACCGUCCCCCACCUUCGCCGGACAUCGGUAGCCUCAUGCUUCUCAAUUCUUUUCCGCACAAAAACCCAUCAACCCAACCUCUCUUCUCUCUCUCUCUAUAUAUAUAUAUACAUAUAUAUAUAUAUUAUAGCAUAUAUAGAUAUAUACCAUGAGCAGACAUCACCAAGAAAUGGCUCUGCAGAGAAGCACCACCACAUACAGAGCCAACAGAAAAGUCACCCCUUCAACUUAUACCCGAUCUACUUCAUCUAUUGCCUUUCUCCACUCCCAAGAAAUCGACUCCCAUAACCUCAUCCUUCGUCCCACGCAGUCCUCCCCCAUCUCCUCCUUCCAACGCCUCAACAAACUUCACUUAACAUUCUCCUCCGUUCUCCGUUCUCUCUUCAGCUUCGUAGCCUUCCCCACCAUCAUCUCUCCCACCACCUGCAAAUGGAUCACUGUACCAUCUCAACUCUCUCUCGGCCGCAAAGUCACCGGAACUCUCUUCGGCCACCGCCGCGGUCAUGUAACCUUCGCAGUCCAGGACGACCCACGGUACGACCCCGUCCUCCUUCUUGAACUCGCCAUGUCCACGUCAACGCUGGUGAGGGAGAUGUCUUCUGGUCUGGUCCGGAUUGCUCUGGAAUGCGAGAAGGUUUCGCAGAACGGCGGUCGGUCGGGAGGGAAGUUGUUUCAUCAACCCUUGUGGACCAUGUACUGCAACGGGAGGAAGUGUGGGUACGCGGUGACGCGCACGUGCACGGAGACGGACUGGCACGUGCUGGGGAUGGUUCGGAGCGUCUCGAUCGGGGCAGGGGUUAUUCCGGCAGUGGAGGACGGGCGGAAGAAGAACGGUGUUGGUGGCGAUGGUGAGUUGGUUUACAUGAGAGCCAAGUUUGAGCGAGUCGUUGGGAGUCGUGACUCAGAGGCGUUUUACAUGUUGAAUCCGGAUAACAACGGAGGCCCUGAACUCAGUAUUUUUCUACUUCGAGUGUGAAUGUAGAAAAGUAUUAAUAAUUUUAGGUAAUAAUUAAAUUAAUAGUUGAAGAUGAUUAAUGGUUGUUUGGUCGCUUGUACGAUUUAUUAUCUUCUCUCUCUCGUUUUUUUUUUUUUUAAAUUUUCAUUCAUACGUAUCAUAUGGAUUGGGUCUCACCCUUGUUUU